AUGGUUGCUCUCUCGACUCCACCACCACCAUCAACAACCACUCAAGAUGGAACCAUCUCUACUCUCCACCCUGAAAUCCUCCAAACUCACAUCCUCACCCUCCUAGAUGGCCCAACUCUGGCAGCUACAGCCUGUGCAUCAUCAGAAUUAUAUGCUCUCUCUACAGAAGAUAAACUCUGGCGAAAAAUUUGUUCUUCCACUUGGCCAUCCAUUAAUGAUCCAAAUGUUAGUAGCAUCAUCUCCACCUUCCCUUCCGGCCACAGGUCGUUUUUCUCUGACUCAUACCCUCUCCUCCACCACGACCGCCACAGUUCUUCAUUUCCGACAACAAGCACUGAAUGUUUUGUCUCGGCAGUUGAUAUUUACUACAAAAAUGUUCCAAUUUUCUCAAAAGUUGUAAAGACUGAGACUUUGACAGAUUGGUUCAAGUGCUCUCCCUUCAGGGUCGACUUACUUGAGCCCAAAGAGUUUGUUCAGACAUUGAUACAAUACGAACCAACUGAAAAGGACUUGUCUGUGAAGCAACUUGAAGAGAACAUAACGUUAAGUUGGAUUUUGAUUGAUCCCAAGAGGAAAAGGUCCAUGAAUUUGUCGAGCGAGAGGCCAGUGUCAGUGCAGAGGCACUGGCUAACUGGGGAGGUGGUGGUCAAGUUUGCCUCCGUGGUGGCCGGAGACGGAGGGGAGAAGGAGUUUGUGGAGUGUGGGGUGGUGGUUUGCUGUGGGGAGAAGGAAGGAGGGGAGAUGGAGGUGAGGGAGGUAAGUAUGGGAAUGGAGGAUAUGGAAGGGAGGAAUUUGACUGGGAAGGAUAGUUUGGUAAUUUUGCAAGACGCUAUGGCCAUGGGGGAGAGGAGGAAAGGGAAAGAUGGGAAAGAAGGGAAAGCAAGGCAUGAGGAAUUUUUGGAGAGGAAGAAGGAGAGGAAAGAAAAGAUGCAUAAGUUGGAAAAGGCUUUGGACAUGGCUUGCAUUGUUACUGGGAUUACUGUUUUCGUGUCCUUUUGGACAUUCAUUUUGUUUAGGUAA